AUGGGCUCGGCUGGCUUGACUUUUGCACGAGACGAGGUCUUGCUGACUCAGUGUUUGACCCAUGCCCCAUGGGGAUCCAUGGCCAAUUUUGGAGCUCUUUCUGAAGCCGGCGCGGAGUUCUACGACAAUGGGGAUUCUCAGUCGGAGCUGUUCUGCCACUUCUACCCUGCGAUUGCGUUCCAGUUGCACGACGGCGUCCUUCCGCCGAACUUUAACUCUCCAGAGCAUAAGGAGUGGGUUUGGGACUGCUGCCGAGAGGGCUGGAUGCUCAAGACCGCAGGGGCGCAGGCCAAAGCGGGCAGGUGGUACCAAGUCUUCGAAAAAUCAGCCAGGGGGCUUGCGUGGUGGAAAGUAUUCGAGAUGUUGCUCUGUUACAUCGGCUUGCACCAGGGUUGGCUGAAACAUCAUAGCGAUCACGUCUGCGUCCCCUUAGUUUCUACAGCUGCAGUCUUGGAUGCUGCUGCUUCUGCAGGGGCACCCCGCGGUGUGGACGGCGGAGGUGCGCCUGCCGAGCGUCGGCCGGCAGGAGCGCCAGGUGCCCGGUCUGUAAGCCGAUCCAAUCGGUGCAUUGACAAGCUUCUAGCUCGGUGCAAGAACUACUUCCACGUGGCCUACACCAUAUUCCGCAAUGAUGCUCUUCGGGCUCUCUGGAUACUGAUGGGCGCAGUCACCGAACCCCAGAAGAAAGCACACGGCCAGACUCUUGUGCAGUGCGAAACUAGGCAGGGGGGGAGCUUGUGGCUGCAGGACUACGCGGCCGAGGAAUACAUCCACGAGAUCACUGAUAUCGUUCAGGCUGCCAACGACCGCGAGAUCUUGCAUCGCGCGCAGGUGUUGUCCGCGGACCCUCGGUGCGACGAGUUCCUCUUGCCGGCGGAGGUUGCUCAAGCUGUGUGUGAUCACGUCUGGCAGUGCGGUCUGUCCCUGGCUGGUCACGAGUUGGUAUGGCUGCGAAGGUAUUCCCACGAAAUGCCUGGCAUGUUUGCUCUGCUGGUCCAGGAGUCGACGAGGAACAUUGCGCUCCCUCGUUUGCAGCAGGCUCUCACGUGUCUCACUGCGGCCGAGAAGGCAGCUGUGCACAAUUCGCACGUGGAGGUUGCUCUGGGCCUUAUACCUUGGUCUCGGAGUACGUGGGUUCGCGAAAUUCUCGUCGGCCUGGCAGAGGCUGAAUUCAAGGACGUGCCCCUUGACAUUCUACAGGAACUCAACGAUUGGUUGGAGGGGAACCGCUGCAGCGUUUUAGCGGAGAGGUGCUUCAACUAUCUAUCUACGCGACCGAUGCAGGCAUGUUAA